CCUGCUGCCACCGUCAGACCUCCCUGCAGCAGCCCCGCGCUGAACACCAGACCUCCCACACCGAGGGGCCGCCUCCGUGCCUAGAGUUACGGAGGCGCCCGCAGUGCCCUGUCCCGCUCCCACGCCGUCAUCAAUCAAUGGGGUAGAUGGCCGGGCCCGGCCACCCACAAGGCUCCGCCUACCGUGAGGAUUCCUCCCACGUCGGGGCCUGGAGGAAGCUGGAGACAUCGGCGCCCGACGUGGAGGGUCCCACGAGGGGCUCCUAAUGCGGCGCUGAGCCCGAGGGGGGGAAGCCGAUGGCGACAGGCGCGCCGGCGGCCUGGCCCGCCGCGGCCGCAAAGCCGGUUGGGGAGGCAGAACUGGCACCUCCCCCGACCCCCUCAGCAGUGUCCGGAUCUGCUCCUGCGCCCACGCUGGGCCUCUCACCUCCGCCGCCGCCCGCAACUCCACCAGCAUGGCUUCCAGCUGCUCCAUCCCUGCGAAGCGGUCACAAAGCCAUCAGGAGCAGCUCUCGGGCAGGACACGGCUGCAGGACGAGGCAAUUACCAAUAACCAAAGCGAAAUCAGACGGCUGAGGUGCCAGCUCCACGCUUCUCAGGAGACGAUCAUCAGCGGCAGGGUCAUCGUUGAAAAUCUUAAGUCUACUGUAAAAGAAAUCACAUUAAGUAGGAACUUGCUGAAAGACGAGAAUCAGCGCCUCUUGCAGCAGCUGAGGGAUUGUCAGAAGCGAUGCCAGAGGAUGGAGAACAAACUCUUGACGAUUGAACUGCAGGCACAGGAAGACCUCUCGAGGGCUGCAGAGAUGGAUCAAAGGGAUCUGCACACAUUUAUUUUGCAGUAUUCUGAAGAAAAGAAGCUCAGCGCUCAGGAUUCGGACGUGUUCAUGAAGGAGCGGACGCCAAACAGAGAGAAAGUUCAAAAGAGAUUAAAGCUGUCUCCAUGUAAACAUGAUCAAGUAACGUACCUGGAACGUCCGUUGAAGAGAAGGACCAAUCACCAUUCUCCGAGGGCACCUGCAACUUUUCCCAGAUCCGUGAAUUCGCUGAUCCGGAGAGCAGCAAAGAAGGCCAAAAGAAAAACAGAUCGAAGAAGCUUAGUUUCUAGAUCUGAAGAACAUAUUGAAGACCUGAGCUAA